AUGGCUUUGAAGUUGGAUAUGAGCAAGGCUUAUGAUAGAGUGGAGUGGAGGUUUUUGGCUGAAGCUAUGAGCAAGUUGGGUUUUAAUCCUAGAUGGAUUAGAUUGGUGAUGCAGUGUGUGGAAUCUGCCUCCUACUCUCUCCUUAUCAAUGGUUCUCCUCAAAGCUGGUUCAAACCUUCUAGGGGCAUAAGACAAGGGGAUCCUUUAUCCCCUUAUCUAUUCAUUAUAGUAGCUGAGGUUCUUAGCUCUCUCUUGAACCAUGCUGAGUCAGUCAAGCAGAUCCAUGGCUUUCCUAUAGGCAGAGGUAGCUUCAGCAUUAACCAUCUCUUUUUUGCUGAUGAUAGCCUGUUGUUUUGUCGAGCUAAUGCUAUGGAGUGGGCAAAAAUUCUUGAAUUGCUUAGUCUUUAUGAGAGGGCUUCAGGUCAGAAGCUCAAUUCAGAUAAAACUUCUAUUUUCUUCAGCAAAAACACUAAAAGGUUGACUAAAGAGCAUAUUUUGGGGAUGGCUGGCCUUAGAUCUACCUCUUGUUAUGAAAGAUAUUUGGGAUUGCCUGCUCUUGUUGGGAAGUCAAGGUUCAAAGCUUUUGAAGGUUUGCUGGACAGGGUAAGGUCUCGAGUUACUCAAUGGAAACAUAAGUUGCUGUCCUUUGCAGGGAAGGAAGUACUCUUAAAAGCUGUUAUACAAGCCCUCCCUACUUACUGUAUAGGGGUUUUUAAAUUGCCUAAAGUGCUUCUUAAAGAGCUUAACAGGGUCAUGCAUAGAUUUUGGUGGGGACAACAACAACAGGAGCACAAAAUUCAUUGGGUUUCAUGGCAACAAAUGGGGAAAGCUAAGGCUAGUGGAGGCUUAGGCUUUAGAGAACUGGAAAGUUUUAAUUUGGCUUUAUUGGCCAAACAAGGUUGGAGGAUAUUACAGUACCCUGAUUCUCUGGCUUCACAGGUUCUGAAAAGGAAGUACUUUCCAUCUGCUGGUUUUCUUGAUGCAAAGGUGGGAUCAAGGGCUUCUUUUCUGUGGAGGAGCAUAUGUGCAGCAAGGAAUUUAGUAGAGAAAGGGUCUUUUUGGAGGAUUGGUAAUGGUGCAGACACGUUAAUAUGGCAACAUAGGUGGUUACCAACUCCUACAAGCCACAGAAUUCAGUCACCUAUCAGAGGCUUACCUGCAACUGCUAAGGUGGCUGAUCUCAUAGAUGUUGGCUCUAAGAAAUGGAAUAAGGAACUGGUAGAUGAAGUUUUUACUGAAGCUGAAGCUGCUGUUGUGCAUAAGAUCCCCAUUAGCUCAACUGGAUCAAGUGACAAAUUGAUCUGGCUGGGUACUAAAGAUGGAGCUUUUUUAGUUAAGAGUGCAUACCACCUACAAAUGGAACUUGAUAAUAGGCUUAAAGGACAGACUUCUUCAGGGGCACCUUUGACACUAGCAUGGACCUCAUGCUGGAAAAUUGUUUGUGAUCAGGACACUAUAGAGCUUUUUGCAGUAAUAGCUAGGAGCAUUUGGUACAGAAGGAACCAGUUUAUCUUUAAAGGUACUUUUGAUCAUCCUUCAGUAUUAGUAGACAAGGCUAGGGACCUGAUUUAUCAGCUUCGUUCUGUUCAAUUUAGUUCUAAAACCUCAUCUAGAAUGUCUGCAACUCCUACUGUUAGUUGGUCUCCUCCUCCUAUUGGUCAAGUCAAGAUUAACUGGGAUGCUGCUCUGUCUGAAUCUAAGGGAAGAGCAGGUUUUGGUAUUGUUGCUCAAGAUCAUGAGGGUAGGGGAGCUCUAUAUGCAGCAGAAUUGGCUACUGAAUUGGGACUGCACUCAGUUAUUCUGGAAGGUGAUUCAAGACAAGUUGUUCUCAGUCUGCAGCAGCAAAGGACUAGACAUGAUCGAGUUGGUAUGAUACUGUCUGAUACUAAGAAAAGAUGUGGCAAUGAGUUUGCUCAUAAUCUUGCUAAGGGUUCUCUUAUUUUAGAACCUGAUGAUGGGAAGUUUUUUGUUCAUCCUGAUUGUAAUCGUUUUGCUGUUUUGGCAAGUUAA